AUGACCCAGCCGAGACUUCGAGGCUGCUGUGAUAGCUGCACUAAAAGCAAGCUCAAAUGCAGUGGUGAAAUGCCUUCUUGUCAGCGAUGUCGAAUACGAGGCCUAGACUGCGUAUACAGCCAAGCUCGGCGAGCUGGGCGUCCGCGUCUGAAGCCCAAGCAGAGCAAAGCAUUAAUCACAUCCUGUAUUGACCGGGGCGCACAAACGAACCUCAUCUGUUACAACGACCAACCAGUCAAUGGUCUAUCUUCUCUGGAAAACGAAUUACCGACCUUACCAAACCCAGAUAUCCUUCUGUCCUCUCCUGACUCACAAGAUAUCGCACUUUUGUUGCAGUAUCCUUGGACUUUAACACCAUGUCCCGGCUCAGAUGUCACCCAGCCCUCGAGCGUCUGCGAUUUGGAUGACUUGAUACUGCAGGAUAUACUGUUGAGUAAAGAUGAGGGUCUUGGCUCGGCCUCACCCGGGCAUUUGAAGCAAGAAUGGAACCAAGACAAUGCUCCUUUUAAUAAUGGCUCAGAAGACCCAUGUCCAGGAUAUGGUGCGACUAGCGAGUGGCCACCGAGCCAUACCUGCUCAAGCCUAGCAGGAUUUUACAAAGUCGCAGGCCUUGAAACAGACAAAUCCGAUGGACAUCUUCCAGAGCUCGACAUGGACAUCAACUCCAUCAUGGCCACAAUCACCGACAUCGUCAAACGACCACUCGGGUCAUGUCAUCUUGACGACCAUCCAUGUGCAACCUCUUGGCCCCAGCUACUGAGCAAAGCCCAACUGCUUAUGUAUAUCACUGGAUCGGGGAGCUCGUCCUCUCUACGUCUGGAUGCAGUAUUACAAGUCUCAUGGACAGCCGAGCAGGUGCAAAAGCGAAUUUCGGGAUGUCCGGUGUGUAUGUCUCGAAGCAUGGAGUUAUCCAGCGCGUUGGUUUUAAUGUACGACUGGAUCUCAUCUCGAAUUGCAGACGCUCUGGAGGAUCCUGCUGCUCUCCAGAGUUGUCGCCUGAAAAUCGGCGACUCGGUCCUAACAGGGCAAAACGGCAUUAUUGGCACAUAUGAACUCGUCAAAUACAGGAUCACGAGGGCCAUUCGUGUGAUAGAAGACAUUAACAGCACUAGUUGUACAGUAGGAGAAGGGAAGCCGAGUCGAUGGUACAAAAUGACCCGACUCAUGCUCGAAAUGGCUGAGAGUCGAUUAGAAGCGAUCUCUGGAGCGAUAGACCUUUUGGAAAGCGAGCAGUUCUGUAGUAUAUAG